GGGCUGGAUACUGAGAAACAACUGAGAGCAUCACAUUCACAGUCCGCAAUGUCAUCCGAGCAGAUCGCACGGAAACUACAGCGCAGACUGAUCGACACUAAACCCGGAUCACCGGAGAGUCUCGUGCACACAGAAGCGGACGAGGAACAAUCGCCGGUAAAAUCUGCCACCAUGAACGACGACGCCACCUCUGAACUCACGGAGAAACUCAACCGCAGGCUGGACAUUCACGAGGGCACUGCGAAACCCAAGCAAAUGAAGGUGUUUAACCCUUACACGGAGUUUAAAGAGUUCUCUCGUAAACAGAUCAAAGAUAUGGAGACAAUGUUCAAAAGAUUUGACUCUGGUAAAGAUGGCUUUAUUGAUCUGAUGGAGCUUAAGCUAAUGAUGGAGAAACUAGGAGCUCCACAGACUCAUCUGGGACUGAAGACCAUGAUUAAGGAAGUGGAUGAAGAUUUUGACGGCAAACUGAGCUACAGAGAAUUCCUGCUGAUCUUUAGAAAGGCAGCAGCGGGUGAGUUACAGGAGGAGAGCGGCCUCAUGGCUCUCGCUCGGCUUUCAGAGAUUGACGUCUCCACUGAAGGCGUCCUUGGAGCGAGAGACUUCUUUGAGGCUAAGGUUCAGGCCCUGUCUGUACGCAGUAAGUUCGAGGCAGAGAUACGAGAGGAGCAGGAGGAGAGGAAAAGGAUUGAACUCGAAAGGAAACAACGACGAGCCGCAUUUAAAGAACUGCAGUCGACAUUCUGCUCGUAAACACACAGGAUCUGACCUUUAGCACAUCUACACCUAUAUACACUGAUUCAUGAGCACAUCUUACAUGGACACAAGCACACAAAUGCACAUCUAUAAAUAUGGCCCAGUACACAUUAUACAUAUACUGUACGUAAGGAAAGCCAGGGGAACACCAAACACAUAUUAUUAGCUUUAUUUAAUCACAGUUAUACUGAAGUGUGCAUUAGAUGUGUAUGUCAUAGUAUUCAGGGCUGUUGAAAAGACUGAGGCAGGUUUCAAUGAGGCUUAUUAUGCAGGUGAAUCUAAAGAUAGACUUUUAAUUGUGCUUCUAUUUUACUCAUUCAUUAAAGUAACUAUAUUUUUAGAAACGAAAAGUUUAUUGUAAAGUUAUAUAGGGGCAGUUUCCCGACAGGUCUUAUUCUUGUCCCAGACUAAAAUGAAUGAUAUUUUAUCGUAUAUCAGUGCCAUUGUUUUCGUCCCAAGAUGCACACCAGUAUUGUUUUUUUUAAGGUUUGUUUGUAAAAACGUUUUAAAUGUCCUAAUAUAACUAAGGCAUAGUCUGGAUUUUUCGAAACCCUGUCCGGAAAAACUGCCCCAUAGUAUUAAUCAUAAUUUUAAACACAUGUGACAUUGGUAUUGUGGAGCAAAUAUUAAUUUUGACCAACAUUAAAUAAGAUAAAAACUGUUUCUGUUUUUAUUUUUUAUAGAUUUUAAGAAUGUUUUUGUUGAACGCCUAAUUAAAGUUUUGCUGUUAAGAGUUAAUUUUGUAUUAAAAAGUGUAUUUUAUAUUAUUAUUAUUUUAUAUUAUUAUUUGUGUGCUAAUUAAAUACAAUAUUCCAUUAAAUCACAGUAUUUAUCAGAAAACA